AUGACUGCUACUAUGAACGGGACCUUCAACUCGGCCCCUGACACACCUUCCCCCGUCUAUCCCGAUCGUCUGAUUCGGCCUCUCCCUCGACGCACCUUGCGCUCUCGAUUGUCGACUGACGCGGCCGACACCAUCCACUACCCUCCCACGCCGCCAGCUUCGCAGAUCUUUUACGGCGUUGGAGACACGGAAGAGGUGGCCCCUCAUGGGAAAGCGUACGCUCGGCAAAAAGCUUUGGAGAGACACGAACUAACCCCAGAGGCCGACUCACACGGGUUCGAGACAGCCGUGGAGCUGGAAAGUGGAGACGAAGACGGACCUGUAGUUGUGCGGCGAAGUGCAGGAUUUCGAGGAUCGAUGUCUCCGGGUUCAAGUCCUCAACGGCCGGCCUUUGCUGGUCAGGCACAAAGUCAGAGUCAGAAUCAACAUCAAGGGCAAGGUCAGGACGGCUCACAGAAAUCAUCGGGACCGGAUGGGUACGACGCGUUUGAAAACACAAACAAUAAGAAAAAGCGGAAAAUCCCCACCCCGGGGAACAUGGGCGGUCAUCACUCUGCUCUCUCCCCGGAGUUUGCCAGCAUGGGUCUAGCCAACUCGGUUCCGUCCCCUCCCGCGGCCAGUGAUGGCAUGUCAACGGGUACUUAUUAUGGAAACGGUAACCCCGCUUCACCCUUGAGCAGUGGGAUCUCCGGUUCUGGUCGAGGUCGUAUGGGACGAAGCUCAACACGAAGCAACAGCGGGCGAAACCCGUUGUCUGCCAACGCACAGAAUGCGUGGAUGAACACCACUCGAACGCCUAGUCGGCGGGACGGUCUGAUGUCCUCCCCUGGACCAUCCGGUGACUCCGACCAAGGCAUCAUUUCGACUGCCAUCGCUAAUGCGGCUACCUUCUCUUCCCCUCCGCGCGGCCCCAGCAAUGUCAGCCUGCUGGACCAAGAAAACACCACCCCCACCAAGACUCAGUUUACCUUCACCUGCGAGUCCGACUCUUCCAAAGGCAUGGCCAUGCAGCGAAACUCAUACUCUGGUCCAUACCGCUCCCCGACUUCCCCUCUCGCCCCCACAACUCAUAAUCCCCGAGGAUUCUCCACGCAAGGAACGCAGACGAGCCCCAACAUGGUCGCACCGAUGAAUCAGCAGCUCCCACCCGGCACGCAACCGUCGCCUCCACAGGGAGACCAAGCAUCCGUGGGCCGCAAGAAGAAGCGCUCUCCUGGCAGUGUUUACGCGCUGGCCGCGCGACAGCGCAAGAUUCAGCAGCAAUACACCAACAUCCACCAUCCUCCUAGCCUGGAGGACAUUUGGAUCUGCGAGUUUUGCGAGUACGAGAGUAUCUUUGGCCACCCGCCGGAGGCACUCAUCCGUCAAUACGAGAUCAAAGACCGCAAGGAGCGCAAGCGGCUGGCCGAGAAGAAGCGACUUCUCGAAAAGGCCAAGAUGAAGGGCCGCAAGACGAAGAAGGCGACCAAGAACGCGAAGAAUGCCUCCCACCAGGGAUAUCAACAGGGCUAUGAUCGCGCCUCGGUCGACCAUUCUUCUGCCGCCGGGUCUGGCCUCCCGGACGACGAGUACAUAGGCCAUGAAUACGAUGACGACCAGGGGUCCAUCCCAGGCCCCGACCCUGUCUCCCCCACGGAUCUCAAACCUCCCCUGCCGCCGGGAAACAAUCCCCCCAAGGCCUUUGCACCCGGAACCGCCAAGGGCGCUGCAGACGCUGGGGCCAGUCGACCAGCCUGA